AUGGUCCCUGCUGGAGCAGAGAUUGAAGGAACAGACUUUUUGGAAGAGUACAGGAAGAUUUUCCAAGAUGAUUUUGGUGACAUAGGUUCCUGGUUUCUACCAGAAAAUGAAAUGGAGCAGCAGCUGCCAAGCUGGACUGGCGGAAGUUACCUUGCUGAACUGGAAGGUUUUGAGAAGGCGAUGCCAUGUCAUGAACCUUUUGGCUUAAAAGGCUUUCCUGAGUACACCAAGACCAUCGUGGAAUUGAAGCAAGUUUCUUCUGAUCCAGACUACAGAGAACCGUACCAUGGUGCUUCUAGAAUGGUGCUCCAACAAGACAGUGUCCUCCACAGCUUUGAGGGCUCCAGCUGCCCCCCACCAGUUCCUCAGCCUUGGUUUGUUCUGUAUCCUGAUUCUCCUGGAGAACAGGUGUCUUCUGCACAGCUUCCUCCGGGGGAUCAGCAAGAACAGCCGAAGGAAGAACAUUGGAUUGAGUCCCUUGGUCCCGAUUCAGGCAGCCAAUCCAGUGCCUUGGACAGCGACUCGUGUCAAUGUGAUUCACCAGUCAGGAGCCAGAAAAAAAGGGAACGCAGAGACCAGGCUGAUAGCAGGAACACCAAUACUUUACCUAGAGAUCGGGCAGGGGCCGGGCCCAUCCAGUUAUGGCGCUUUCUGCUGGAGCUGCUCCAAGAUGGCUCCUGCCAAGCCCUCAUCCGCUGGACAGGGAACGGCUGGGAAUUCAAGCUCUGUGACCCACACGAGGUGGCCAGGCGCUGGGGCAAACGCAAGAACAAGCCCCGCAUGACGUACGAGAAACUGAGUCGGGGGCUGCGCUAUUAUUACCACAAGAACAUCAUCCACAAGACUAGCGGCCAGCGCUACGUCUACCGCUUUGUUUGCGACAUCCAGGGUCUCCUGGCUGAAUUGGAUAAGAAGUUGCAGAUUUAGCAUGCAACCGUCUUUAAGAGAACCUUUUCUUCAUUCCUUACGCACCCAAAACCUCAGAAGGGCUCAGAAGAGCUAGCAGGACCGGCUUCCUUGGAGAAGACUCUGCUUCCUUUAAGCUACGUCUAAAA